AUGGUUUCAUGUUUGUCUUUUUCUUUCUCUUACAGAAGCUGCACCAUUUGUUUCUUUUGCGUCAGUCAGAAAGGAGCUCUUCUUUGGAUGAUUGCACGAAAUUUCAUGACACAUUAUCUCUCAGUUUUUAUCAAAACCUUCGAUGUUAACUUCAUUUUGGUCUUUGAGUGCAUACCAGGGGGAUUACCAAAGUCUACAGGGUGCAUCCUCCAGGGAACAGGACUAUCUGGAGAAAAUGCUCAGUUUAUUAUUUGUUGGAAAAUGUCAGUCCAGACAGAAAACAUGAUCUUCUAUCCUCAGAGUGACAAAGGCGUCUGUUUUCUUAUCAGUAAGAGCAGCCUGUCUCCAGAGGGCACUCUCUGGUAA